AGGUGCAUGCAAACACCCUGACUCAACCUCCUUGUUUCCUGCCCCCUGCGUUCCUAUUUCGCUCUCACAUGGCAGCACCCAGUGGGAGGUGCAGUGGGUUUGAUAUUCGGCAUGCUGCUAGAAACCACACUCUUCAUAAUCCGUACGACGCAGCUCGAGGAGAAACAAGCUAA